AUGUCCACCUCUUGUAUCUCCUCCUCGACGAGCAGCACCCUUGUCUCGAAGCUAGCAGCACCUCGACAAGCUCUUUCCUUUCUGUACCCAAUUGGCAUCCCAAGAGCUUUUCGGAAGCUCCCUCGAGGAAACGAUUCCAAUAAACCUAUACGAAUGGUCUCGAGUACAGUCGGGCUCGAAGCAUGGUUCAUUUCCUCACUUGCCAGUGCAGGUCAUUGCCAAGAACAUAGUCCAAAGCCUUUACAACCCGUAACAUUUUUUACAUCUCACAGGCCAAAUCUCUCUACGAAGAGUCUGCAGUCGACCAAACUUGUUCCUAGGCCACGAAAUUACACGGAUGAUACACAAUUUGAGGCGGAAGGGGAAAAGAUACACAAUGAUGCAAAUCAGACUCGGAAAGAGCUUAUGGAGCUGGUGGAUCAGUACCAUGGAACUUCAUAUACACAUCAAUUACCCGUAAUAGAACCUCCAAAUCUUUACCAGCCAAGUAACGGACCUCACUUACAGGUUUCGGACGAAGAGGAAGACGAAUGGCCACCCCCACACGCGGCAUGGCCCGCCGACGACAUAACGAAGGAGAAGCUGAAAGAGCUUGAAUCCGCCUUGAAAUAUUUCUACACCACAGAUCCAGAAGAGGUUUACCAGAUCUACCGUGAACUGCCAGAACCUCGAGCUCCCUAUCUAGAAGCCAACUUAAGACACAUGUUACUUCGUCACUUGAGUAUAGUGGAAAGGAAGGACGGGCAUUCGAUGCUCAGAUACUUCUCAGUUGUCGACGACAUGAAAUCAACAGCUAUUCCCUUGACUGUUUCAGAAUGGACAAGUGCCAUUUCCUUUGCUUCCAAAUACGUUGCUAAAGCCACAGAAACAGAAGUUGAAAGCGCUUUGAAAAUGUGGAGGGAGAUGGAGCAUAUCGCAGGUGUCAGGGGCAAUAGUGCGACUUUUAACGUUCUUUACGAUGUCGCAACCAAAGCUGGCAAAUUCACUCUCGGCGAAAUGAUUUACAAAGAAAUGAUAGCCAGGGGCCUCGAAUACAACCGAUUCCAUUAUGUCAGCAUGAUAUUCACUUGUGGACUGAAAAGAGAUGGGGACGGGGCUCGAGCAGCGUAUGCAGCCCUGGUUGAUGCUGGAGAAAUUGUCGACACCGUUGUCCUCAACGCCAUGAUAUCAGCUCUCAUUAAAUCAUAUGAACCCAGCGCCGCCUUGAAUAUUUAUGAGCGAAUGAAAAAUAUGCAUGCCAAGCGGACGAGCACACAAGAAUGGCACAGGCACUUCAAGAAUCGUCGAGAAGUCAAGCGCGCAUUGACCCGAAUGGCAUUGGAAUUUAAGCACGAUCCAGAAGGUCGAGCGAAAGUUCAGCAGACCUCUAUUGUCUGUCCAGAUCUUCAAACAUAUAGACUACUGAUCAAUCACUUUGCAGUCACAGAAGGCGAAAUUGACAAAGCGGGCCAAUAUUUGGAAGAAAUGGGUCUAUUCAAUGUUCCCCUGCACGGUGCACUUUUCCUCUCUCUCUUCAAGGGAUUCUGCAUUCAUGGCGGCACGCGGUACACGAAAUGGACCAGUGUCAGGCUGGAAAGUGUAUGGAAAGCAUAUUUAAAAGCUCUCAAUACGGGCGUGGAAGAUAUUUACAUGUCAACGUGGAUCGUAACAAAUGUUCUCAAGGCGUUCGCGACGUGUUCGGGAAAGGCGAGGGCAACGGAGAUUUGGAGGGAUAUAAGAGAGUUGUGGAAGCCGGAUGAGAGACAGCUGAAUGCUAUUAUGCCGGAUUUAUAUAGAAUUGGUAUACCGGAAAUGGGAUAG